UUGUUGAAAAAAGCCUUACUUUCUGCUGCUUUUAUGCUUUGAUCUCUUGUAGACUACAAGAUUGCACAGAGGAUUGAAAGUUGGGAAGAUCUCAUUGGCAGACUAAUUUUUAUUUCUGGUGGUGCAAAAUGGUAUCUGAAUCAUGGUUCCGUAAUUUAUGGAGAACUCAGCAACAGAACGAGAGCAGUCCCUUUAUUGGAGUUUUAACGUUUGAAGUUGCCAAUUUGAUGACAAAACUUAAUCAUUUAUGGAAGUCUUUGAGUGAUAAGCAGGUUGCUAAUUUAAGAAAGGAGAUAUUGAAUUCAUUGGGCAUUAGGAAGCUUGUCUUCAACGAUGACGAUCAUGUCGCUAGCUUAAUAUGCGCUGAGAUGAUGGACAACUUGGAUCACGUUUCCAAAGCUGUGGCCAGGCUUGCUUCUAAGUGUGAAGAUGUCAAUCUGAAGCGCUUUAAGAAUGCAUUUGGUGAUCUGAUGAAGGUUGAUAUGGAUUUGUACGGAUGGCAGUUGUCGUACAGAAAGAUGGACAAGAAGGUUAAGAAAUUGGAACGGUUCAUCAUCGUCAACUCGAGUUUGCAUCAAGAAUUGGAAUUGCUAACAGAUCUUGAACAUAGCCUGAGGAGAAUGAAGGCUGGGGAAGAUUUCGAUAGCAUAAGUUUGCUUGAAUACGAGAAAAAAGUCGCCUGGAAAAGGCAAGAGGUGAAGCAACUGAAGGAAAUUUCAUUUUGGAACAAGACCUAUGACUACGUUGUUAGUCUUUUAGCGAGAUGUGUGUUCACAAUAUACAGGAGGAUUGGACAUGUCUUCGGAACCAACUGUGUGACAAAUCCCGAUACAAAGAAUUCUUCGGGAGAUCUAAGUUUAGAUUUUAUGGAUCGCAGUCAAUCGGUUUCUGCAAUGAUGCAGUCGUCUAUUCAUCCAUCCGAGAACAGUAGCAUUCCUAGAUUCUCGUCUGGUCCGAUAGAAAAAUGGAUUACAAAAACAGAUUUUUUUUCAGGUCCAUUGGGAAGAAGCACAGCCAUGAAAUCUGAUCAAAUCCUCUCUAGAAAGAAAAAGUUGUCGACUUUCUUUUCCGGGCCUAUCGAGAAAUCAAGUAGGGGAUCAGGGUCAUUUCCAAGUAAACUUGGUUUUAGGUUAUGGGGUUCUCACUUUAUCUUCUUACCUUUUCAAGGUAAGAGCUCACAUUCGAAACAAAAGAAUCAACCCCCUAUAGGAGGUGGAGGACCGUUUGGGGGAUGUAUUAUAGAAGGAAGCAAUUCUUCAAUUAGAAACUGUCAUCAAACUGUCUCACACUCCCUAAAAUCCGCUGAAAAGAAAAAUCUUCAGGGAAUUACCAGUGGUGAUGAUAACAACUUGCCGAAAACGGGUCAAAAAAGGUAUCUGAAACCACCGCCAGAAACCUUAGGUGCGUCUGCUCUGUCUUUGCAUUAUGCAAACGUAAUCAUCGUGAUCGAGAAACUAGCCACUUCUCCUCACUUAAUCGGUCAAGAUGCAAGAGACGACUUGUAUAGCAUGUUGCCUUCUAGUAUUAGAUCUGCUUUAAGGAAAAAACUAAAACCGCAUGCCAAGAGUUCUGUUUGUGAUACUGGUUUAGCACAGGAAUGGAACAAUGCUAUAUCGGGAAUAUUGGAAUGGUUAGCUCCACUUGCACAUAACAUGAUUAGAUGGCAGUCUGAAAGGAGCUUCGAGCAUCAGAACAUAGUUUCUCGGACGAACGUGUUCCUUGUCCAAACGCUUUUCAUGGCAAAUCAAGAAAAAACAGAAGCUGCAAUUACGGAGCUGUUGGUUGGCCUAAAUUACAUUUGGAGGCUUGGUCGAGAGCUUAGUGCUAACGCGGUUUUGGAGUAUUCGAGUGAUAGAAUGCUACACAAUUCUUUGAAUCUGGAGGGCUUAUAAUGUUGAGAUGGAGUUUUAUCAUCGGGAUUGUUCUUCCAAGGGUAAUACAGACUGUCUUUUUGUGUGUGUAUGAAUGAAGUAAAUCCAAAGAGGAUCCUAACUUCCCAUUUUUGGCUGUCAUUUUCAGUUCUAGCUCGGUUCCUUCUUUGUUGGCCUAAUCGAAGUUUUCAUAUCUAUAUGUAAGUUUGUUGAAAGAAAUCCACUUCCUUUAAUCUUGAUUUAUGUUUUCUCUGUAUGA